AUGUCAUAUACGGGGGCGCGCAGUGCGGCGAUCGGUGCUGUCACUCAGUGGGGACAUGUACACUGAUCAUUAGGGUACUGAUGAUCAGUGUAGCCCCAUCAGUGCCACCUGUCAGUGUCCAUCAAUGCCACCUGUCAGUGCCCAUCAGUGCCACAUCAAUGCUACAUAUCAGUGCUUACCAGUGCACAUCAAUGCUACAUAUUAGUGCCCAUCUGAGCUGCCUUUCAGUGCCACCUAUCACUGGUGCCAGUCAGUGCCGCCUAUCAGUGCUGCCUGUCAAUGCUGCCUAUCAGUGCCAGUCAGUGCCGCCUAUC